CCGCCAUCAUUCCACAAGGGCCCUUUUUGUGUGGAGGAUCAUCAGACUCAUGGUUUAGAGCGACGGAUCGCAGGCCAGUGUUCAGGAGGAGGACAGAAAAUACUACAGAACCCUGUUUGUUGACUAGGCAAGUGGGCACAGGAACCAUGGAAAACGGCAAGUCAGAUGAACAAGACCAGGAAAUGGAGGAGGCCAACCUGGAGAUUGCUCAGCUGCAGGCCUUGGUGGUGGAGCUGCGUAUGGGGCUGCAGGGAGUGUUACAGGACGUGUCUGUGCUGCAGCAGAGGGGCAGAGGUCUGGAGGAGAGGGCUCAGGGCCAGCAGAGCGAAGUGGAUGACAGGAUCAUGGGAAUCAGGAACUCCCUCAACACAUUUAAGGAGGACCUGAGCGGUGCUUUAUCCCAGAUCAAAGAGGUUACCAGCAGACAGAAAGAGCUACAGAAAGGCCUGGAGCUCCUCCAAUCAGAGACCGGCAGAGAGAUCCUGUCCGUUCAACAGAGGAAAAGCUCCAAAGGGGACUGCAUUGGGGAGGGCCAUGGGUGUCUCUCCAACCAGACAGAGCUCAAUGUCAUCCAGCAUUACUUUGCCAGCCUGCCCAGCUGCUCUCCACAGAUGAGCACAGCCUCCACACAGACCUCUAACUCAGAGCAGGAAGCAGCCAGUGGCCAGCCCCAGAGAGCUCAGUCUAAGUCUCCAGUGUGGAGAGAAAGGAAAGAGAGCCGAGACGAUACGGAUGCACAGAGCGUCCCAGAGAACGGUAAGAGGCAGGUUGCUGCCCUGGAGCUGUUGGAGUCAGAAAGGGUCUAUGUGUCAUACCUGUCUCUGCUGCUGAAAGCCAACAUCACCUUCAACAGCUCAGAGGCCCUCCACACCAAAGACAAACGGCCGUUCCCCAGUUCUCUACGCUUCCUCAUCCAGCAACACCUGGAGCUUCUCCACACCCUACAGGAGAGGGUCCUCAAGUGCCAGUGGCAGGGCAUCAUGGGAGAUGUAUUCAUGAGGCUCACCAGCAAAGAGAGCGAUUUCCUGGAUUUCUACGUGUCGUAUCUUAAGGAGCUGCCUGAAUGUCUGUCUGUGGUCAGCAUGUUGACCACCACCUCACUAAAAGCUGCCGGCCUGUUUGAGGGUGACAUCAUGGGGGACGAGACACACCCCUCUCUCCACACUCUGCUCCUCCAGCCAGUACAGAGGAUCCCUGAGUACCUUCUGCUGCUGCAGACCCUGUUGAAGCAGACGGAUGCAGAGCACCCUGACUACUACCUGCUGCUGCUGUGCAUCCAGCAGUUCAGUGCCUUCACUGCCCAGUACGCCCACCUACUGCAGCACAACCAAGAGCUGCUCCUUCACAACCGCAAGGAGCUCAAGAGGUCAGCUUCUGAUCCAGGCUCAGAUUUGGUGUUUUGGUCAACUAUGAAGCAGUUCUUCAAAAACGUGGACUGUGGUAACGUUAUGCAAGCCAAUGAGAUGGGUUCUCCUUACCCCAGCAGCAAUGCAAUACUAGAGCAUGCCAACCAGGUGAAACGCAGCAAGCAGAGGCUCCUGGAGCAGAUCCAGUCUAGACGCUUUCAGGACUGGGAGAGUGAGGCCCACCACUCUGACUCUGCCAUCCCGUUUUUCUCCCCUGACACCGACCCUCGCCUCAAACCCCCAUGCCUGCAGAGCAUUCCUGAGAUCGGGUCAUCAGAGCGGCUGCCCGGCAAACGGCUGCCCCCAGGCUCAGCCAUGGCUGAUGCCCUGGGGGAGUUCCUUCUCCCUGGGGAUGCCCCGGGCUUGGAGGGGCUGUAUGAGGACACAAACUCAUCUCUUCACAACAUGUCCAUGUUUGACCAAUGCUCCAGCGCUUCCUCUGACUCUAGCAUCGACAUUGCCUUUGUGCGCUACCCCAAGAGCCACCAGGCCGUCCGUGAGGUUUACAACAGGGGCAGCCGGGAGAGUGGGUACAAGCAGCUGCCUGGUCGGGGGUGCGUGUCUCCAGACGAGGCAGGAAUGAUGCGAGUUCACCACCACCGCCCCCUGCAGGCCGAUCAGCGUAAGAGCAAGUCCCUGAACGGGUUGCAGCUGGACAGCACUGUGAGUGGGGAUAGUGGCCCCGGACAUCUCUCUGACCACCUAAGGGGCCACGGGGCCCACCAACACACCAAGCUGGAGAGGCAGUCCAGUAAUAAAUAUCACCCACGCAGCAGCAAGAGCCAGAGCAGCAACAACAGCCCCAUCAGCCCCCCGCAGCAAAAGGCAGAACCAGAGAGACAGAUAGCAGUCACUGAAGAGGAGCUACAUAACCACCACCACAAGGACUCUGGGAGCCUACCCUGGGGGGAGGAGCCAAGAUGGAAGGCUGAGGGGAAUAACCACACCCCCUUCAGUGAGAGGAGCCGGAAACAGGAGAAGGGAGGAUUCAGGAGCUCCUUCAAGAAGCUCUUCAAGAAAAAGUCGGGGGGAGGAGAGAAAGACAAGGACAAAGAGAAGCCAGAAAGCCAGAACUCCAGUGAGGCAGGCAAUAUCCCAGGAGUCGCCCACCUAGGCAUCGACCGUGGGACUGCUGUGUGAAGUGUGACUAGAACCGCACUACAAAUUAAGUGUUCUGAGAAAGGCUUCAAAUAGGUGCCUUGAUAACGCACACACAAUUCUAAGCAAAAUGAUAGGCUAUAUAGACACACAUUCACUGCAAUGCAAUAUGAAACAUGCUGGAAGAGCAAAUCAGACUGACAUACUCCAUUCCUAUAUAACUACUGUAAAAAUACUGUAUAGGUUAAGUAUUUGUUUUUGAAUUAGUACUAGUUUUUCCAUUUUAGAGGUCUCCUCAAUAUCCAUGGAGAUAAUAUAUUUUGUAUAAUACUGUAUACUCAUGAACUGCAAUAAUGUAGGUAAAGAUCGAU